AUGGGUUGCUCAAGUGCCAAGCAAGUUUCUAACUAAAAAACAAUUUUAGUAGGAAAAUCUGAAUUUUUACUGCCAAUGAGAUAUGCCUCUGGUGAAACACCCAAACCCCCAACUAAUCCUAAUUUCCCUAGAUUAUACAGUCACAAUCUUUGCUUGUUUAGUGAGAGAGCAAGACUUUCAUGGGCAGCAAAAGGCAUUAAAUUUCAGCAUUGUGAAGUAGAUUUAUAGAACAAGGCAAAAUGGCAUGUCGAUGUUAAUGGAGGAACUUUGCCAUUUGUCGAACUUCCUAGUGGCUAAUUUUUAUUAGAAUCGAGAAUAAUCUAGGACUUUGCUAAUGACUAUGCGAAAGACUAAGGACUAGAAUUAUACUCUAAGAAUGCUGUUGUUGCAGCCUAAUAAAGAUUACUUAUGGAGAAAAUUGGGUCAUUUACCUCAGCAUUUUUCCCUUUAUACAGAAGCAGAGGAGAAGAUCCUGAAAUGAUAAAGACUUAUGCAGCAGUAACACUCAAAGAAAUGGAAGAUUGGCUUAAAGCAAAUCUAAAGGGAUCUAAGUAUCUACUUGGACACAGUCAUCCAACAAUGCCAGAUAUCCACGUAAUUCCGAUUUUUGAGAGAUUAUUGUUAUUUGAGAAUUCUGCAUUUGAUGAGAUAUCUAAAGGUUUAAACAUAAGAUAAAGUGCUCCAACUAUUUAUAGAUAUGUUUCUGAAUUUAGAUAGCUUGAUACUUUCAAGCCAUACUAUGUAAGAGAAGAUGCAUUUCAUAAGUGCGUCAAAUUCAUUAAAGCUUUACCACCUGGUUAAUUAGCUGCUUACUCUCUCAGCUUCUUAGAUUGA